AUGAGUGAUGGAGACUCGAUUCGUGGCCACGGAAGAAUACCACCGGGGCCAAGCAGCACACGACGAAGCAACUCCGCGUCCACGUCGGCGCCUCGAAAACAAAAGUGGCAGACCACAGCGUCCCAGUGGUGGCAGAACCCCAUCGUCCGAACGUGCGCCAUCACCGCCGUGUCGACCGGCCUGUCAGCCGCGUUAGAUAGCCGCGGCGACCCCGGACAAUGGAAAGGGGCAAAGGGCGCCAAGGUGGCCGUGGCAUCGCUCGGGUCUGCAUUGGUGGAUGGAUUCCUCGGCCAAAAACACCCCAACAGCGUCAGGCAGCAGGUCGCGAGGAAAGGUUUCCAGGUGGCCAUGGAAGAAACGGAGAAGAAGAAACAACAGCCGGCGGAAGCACGCAAAGACGACGCCCAUGGGCCCAAGGACCACGGGCGUCGUCGGCGCAGGCAUAGUGAAGGGUCAAGCAGCCAUGGGCGGCACCAUUGA